AUGUGGGACCUCUAUGUCGUCACCUGCCUCGUCACUUGGGUGCAAGGCGUGCUACUCAUCCUCUUCAGGAAGUUGACUCAACCAGUUGUCAAACCGCACCAGUUCUUGCUUCCGACACGUCACAAGGCUAAGUGCAAGUGCGUUGCUCCGCCAUCUUUUUUUGACCGCGUAAAAGCGCAUGCGUCAACCCUGGUGUCGCGCCGACACCCACAUGGACGCUUCCUGGUGAGCACGACGGUGUUAAUGUUCUUCUUGAACAUGGUGUCUUUUGUCAUCUACCUGGUCCUCACCAUGAGGCCAGUUGAAUACUGUGUGAAGGACUUGGACGCCCUGCUCCUUGUGGACAUGGGUUUGGGCUUCCUCCACCAUAUGCACUUUUGGCUCAGGUUUCUGUCUGCCCAGGAUCUGAUGGUCAUGUGGUUGGACUACAAAACCAUCGUUGACAUGUUCACUGUCACACCAUCAUGUUUUACAGUAGUCACCGGUCGGGCCUGGCUUGGCCGUCUCAUGAUGUUCCCUCCCUCAGGCCUCAGGUUCCUCCGGGCCCUGUACAUCCUGGAGCUCCCAGCCGUCCUGGGGAUGCUCAAGAUCCUGACCAGCAAGACAUCUCAGAGGCUGUGUCGGCUGGGAGCCAUCCUCAUGGGAUCCCUGUUUUUUUACGCCGGUCUCAUUCACCUGGUGGAGAGCUCUGGCGACCCCUGGCUUGAGAACUCCAACGCCUCAGGCCGUCCCUACUUCCUGUUUGUGUACUUCCUUACGGUGACCAUGUCCACAGUGGGCUAUGGGGACGUCUUAGUCUACACUGUGUCAGGACAAUUUCUAAUCACCGUGUUCAUCUUCAUCUACCUGGGUAUGUUUGCCAGCUUAGUACCCCAGAUGAUGGAGAUCGUAGCAAACAGGAAGCGCUUCACUGGGGCAUACUCCAGCGUCUUGGGGAAAUCGCAUGUAGUGGUGUGUGGACAUCUUUCCCUGAGCAACAUUGAGCCGUUUGUGAAGGAGUUCUUCCAUGAGGACCGGGGAGAGGUUAACACCGACCUCCUCUUCCUGGGGGAGUUUGCUGCCGACCCAGAUGCAGAGGAUUCGGACACAUUGAUGAAUGUGAUCACCGUCAAGACCUAUCAUCCCAAAACCAGGGUGAUCGUCCAAAUGUUGAAUCCCAGCAGCAAGGUCAUGGUGCAAAAGAUUCCACACUGGGACUGGAAUCGUGGCGAUGCGGCGUUGUGUCUGACGGAGCUCAAGCUGGGAAUCAUGGCCCAGAGCUGCAGGGUCCCAGGAUUGUCCAGCUUGCUGGCAAAUCUGUUCACAAUGCAGAGUGAUGUGGAGCAGAAGGGAGAGUCGUGGAAGAACCUCUACAUGGAGGGCAUGUUCAAUGAGAUCUACACAGAGCACCUCUCCUGGCCUUUUAUAGGCAUGUCCUUCACCCAAGCCAGCAAGCUCUGCUCCCUGAAGCUGGGUCUGCUGCUCAUUGGCAUAGCAACCUACAGCGAAGACAACGAGAUGAGGGCCAGUAUCUACUGUGAGAGGUGUCACAGCCGGGUUAGAAAGCCAUCCAGGAUGAGACCGUGCCAGUGUCCUGAGUUUGAUCACGACGGCUCUCUGACCUCUGCCAUGAAUUUAAGACGCCCAUCUCUGGGAGUGCUUCCCUCCAUUCCUGAUCAGGAGGAGGACGGUGAUUGGACCCAGGAACUGGAGACGGAGGGUCAGGUGACGCUCGACUCCACCGGAAUGUUCCACUGGUGUUCCCCUGUCUCCCUGGAAGAGGUUACCCUGACCAGACAGAGUGCCAGUGCCCUGGCCCUCCAGAAGCACGUGGUGGCCUGUGUGUUUGGGGACCGUGGUUCCAGGCGGCUGGGCCUGCGGGCCUUCAUGAUGCCUCUGAGAGCCAGCAGCCUGACCAGCCCUGAACUGCCCACCGUGAUCUUCCUGGGGGACAGAGACUACUUCCUGAGGGAGUGGCCUGACAUCCACUACUUCCCUCACAUCUAUUUCCUGCCUGUGAGGGGCUCGCCCAUGUGUCUGAACGACCUGCGUGCGGCGGGGGUGACCCGCUGUGCGCGGACGGUGAUCCUGAACUCUACGGGAUCCACCGAGGACACCCAGACGCUCCUGUCCUGCUUCAACGUCAACGGCCUCAGCCCGCAGAUGGAGGCCCUCAGCGCACUCAGCCUCUCUGGCAACACCCACGGAUCCCACCCACCACGCCAAAAGUCGACCGGACAGUCCGUCCCUCUGCUCGUGGAACUCGUUAACAUUUUGAAAGUGAAGCUUAUGAAUGAGACCGACAAGCUGGAGGAGGCAGACAGCUUCCCACUGACAGACGCCUUCUCCCAGGGGAAAGUGUUCUCGGUGGACGUGCUGGACUCCCUCAUGGCAGCCGUGAGUCACCAGGAGACAUUCUUCAACUCCAACGUACCGCUGCUGGUGUCCACGCUGGUGACGGGCGGGGACACGCCCCUCCUGGAGGCCCAGCUUGUGAGGGACAACCAGCUGAAAGGAGGGGUCAUGUCCUCCCGGCUCUGGGCGCUCCGCCGGCGCUCCAAACUGGCCCAGCUGGCCCUGAAGGACCAGCCUCUGUGUCAGCUACAGUCUCUGGACUCUCUGGAGAUCCUGUGUUUCGGCCUGUACCGUCUUAUAGACCCUCCCAACCGCUCCAUGAAGAGGUUUGUGAUCACCAACCCUCGAGGUGACCUCCCUCUGCUGGCCUCAGACCAGGUCUUCUGCUCCGUCCCCUUCCAUCAGUCCCACCUGCUGACCCAGUCCCAGUACUGA